AUGCAAUCUCCGCGGGGAAUUGGAUGGAACCAUCAGGUGAACCACGUUCCUGCUGCCCCACGACAAUCUAGAUGUUUGUUCAUCCUCAUUUCCUCCUUGCGUGCUGCCUGCCACGCAGUCCUCUUUGAAGUCGCGCGGUUGUAUGUUUGGUACAACCCUGCGUGUUCAUCGGUUACGGUUGGGACACGAAGCUAUGCUGCGCGGUGUGCCGACACAAUUGCAUUCAUCGGGUUAUCAUACUGGGGCUUGAACGCUUGCUACUUUGCAAUGGCAGCGGGAAGUGUUGCACUCGGACUGCACGAGCCGAGAAUGUGGCCUGACUUGUUUGGGUCUUGGCGAGAUGCGUAUACCGUUCGGCGAGCUUGGGGAAGGACGUGGCAUCAGAACUUGAGAUGGCUCCUUGCCCCUCUUGGUGAAGUGACAUCAUUUGUUCUUGGGUUCAAACGUGGUACAUCAGGAUCAUUCUACGCACAGAUUUACGCUGCGUUCUUAUUCUCAGGCCUCGUACAUUCGGGAGGGGAUAUCGUACUCUCUGGAUCCUCCACCUCCGCUCACUCACGGCCGUUUUUCUCGAUGUCAUUCUUUUUCUCGCAAGCAGUCGUUAUUACCCUUGAAGACAUAUCAAUCCGGACCGCAAGACGACUGGGAGUCAAGGAUAGCAUUUGGACGAGAGCCUUGGGGUUUGUUUGGGUCGCGAUAUGGUUUGGGUGGUGUGUGCCUGAAUUCGUCGAGAAUAUGAUCAGGGCGGGUGGGGGAAUAAGGAGUUCUGCCAGCAGAGUGGGUGGGAAUGAUAUGGGCCUCAAUUUGGUGCAAGCCGCGAUGGUUGGAAUAUUUGUGUUUGAUACCGGGGAGUUUGCUGAAUCAUGGUUUGGGGUAUGA